GAUCUGUACCGCCAUAAAGAACCCUUCAACAUUGUGCUAUUGGUGAUCUAUGCCAUCGUAAUGAUCGCUGGACUUCUUGGUAACAUUUUUGUGAUAGUGGUAGUGGUUCGACAGCAACACAUGAGAACUCUUACCAAUGUGUUCUUCUUGAAUUUGACAAUCGGGGACCUGUUGGUUGUGUGUAUAUGUAUACCAAUCACAUUAGGCAACUACCUAUAUCGAGACUGGAUUUAUGGUUUAGUCCUGUGUAAAGUUACGCCAUUUCUCCAAGGUACAGCUGUCAGCGUUAGUAUUUUCAGUAUGUUAGUUAUUAGUAUCAAUCGCUAUUUUGCUAUACAUGUACCACUGAAGGCCAAACUAGUAUUUUCCCGCCAAAAAGUCGCCAUAUUGAUAACGUUGAUUUGGAUAAUUUCCUUUUCUGCCAUUUGCCCUCUGCUCUUUGUGAAUAAUGUAACAACUUAUGGUGCUCCUGGUAUAUUUGAAGCCAGGGCUUGUGAGGAACAUUGGCAAACCCCGGAGAGCAAGCAGAUAUACAGUUUAGUUAUGCUGGUGGUUUUGUUUGUAAUGCCUUUAUCUGUGAUGGGCGCUAUGUAUGCUAUGGUAUCCACUGUGCUAUGGAACGCCGACAAACGUCUUUUUCCCAACGGUACAAAAACUGGUAAAAUGCAAGCUGAUAGAUUAGUCCGUCAAAGACGUAAAACAGUCCGAACUCUUAUCUGUUUAGUUAUAAUAUUCGGUGUGUGUUGGUUACCGUAUUAUGUGGUGAAUAUUUGGCUUGAUUUUAACACAUCUUCGCCUUGGGCCAACACCGUUAUUAAUUAUGUAUACCCUUUGGUACAACUUUUGGCACUGUCCAAUUCCACUAUUAAUCCUAUGUGUUAUUGUUUCUUUACUAACGGCUUCAGAAGAGCGUUU